UUGUCAGGUGAACCGGUCCGGUCGAACAAAUUCGGUCCAAUCGGCCGGCUGGGCGGCGUUAUGAAGUUGCAGUAGCAGAAGCAGCUUCUGGAAACCAUGGCUCUCUCGUUCACCUCCGCCGCACCCACCACGUGGGAGAAGAGGCUUCCGCCGCCCCGGUUCGCUCCUUCGUUCCUGGAUUUCACCCCCGAGAUGAAAUUCGCGGAGAAAUCGAAAAGAGGGGGGGAAAUUCGAGCUUGCUUCGAGCCCUUCGAAGAUCAACCCAUCAUCAAAGAUGCCAUAAAGGAGCCAGUGGCUUUCAUGGGCGGGGUGUUUGCGGGUUUGCUGAGGCUGGAUUUGAGUGAGGAUCCACUCAAGGAGUGGCUGGCGCGGACCGUGGAAGCUUCCGGAAUCGCCGUGGAGGGUGAGAUCAACGGCGAGGAGGAUUCGAAAGAGGAAGCUGAAGGUGAUUCCCCUCAGCAAAUUGAGAUUGAAUGAUGUGUAUCUUUGUCCCUCUUCUUAUAUGAUUAGUAAUUAGUUCUUGUAAUACACGGUUAUGACUAAAGUUCUUAAGGUGUUUCCCCAUAUUUCACAUAUGAUUUUGCUAUUUACAAUUGCUCACUUUUUCUGCUGAAGUUUGGGGCAGAAGCUUUGUGCCGAAGCUUCGACUUUUAGAGACCAAAAAAGCUUAUUUUGCUAAUCUACUCUAGUUAGACUCUCUAGCUGCCAAAUGCAUCUCUUCUGCUUGUUUCGUGAA